CAAGAAAUUGAUGAGAGCGGCGAAUUGCUGCCUCACCGUCCGUUUCUACUAGCAUACCUCUCUAAUGUCUAUGGCAGUUUGAUCAGCGGUUACAUUCAUCUCAGCGCACCUCAGCAUCCUUAUUCCUACGCAGGUGCGAGUGCAAGAGUCUCCCGCGAUAUCGGUCUGUAACACGAUCCCGGAUCCAAGCGUUCAAGUUCUCAACAAGCAUAUGGCGGGCGCAACCGCAACUUUGUUCGCCAGUGUUGCGAAAGAUCUCGUAACUGACAAGAAUCCUGCCACUGAAGGCAAUGAUAUUGACCCCGAACGCUGUGCUGCUCUGCACAACACUCUGACCCUCUAUGGCUGGUUUCAAUCUGGCAAGAAGAUCUCAACGCUCACCAAGCGGACAUGGUGGAGCACGCAUGGCAACGAGAGACUGAAGCAGAUCCUACGCCCCAAGCUAGUGCGAUAUCUCUCGAAGAUCUUCGAGGUGCCAAAUUACAACUUCUUCUACCAUGUGUCUGGUCUUGCGAGUCCACAGCACAUGCUGGGCUUGGCAGAUGUGCUCGAAGAUCCAGACCACGACCAUGAUGAUCCCAAGGAGAGCAAGUACAGAUUUGUGAUAAUAUACAAAAGCUCAGAAGCUCUAGUGACACAACCUGCGGGCAUUGUCUUUGAUCAACAGACUGGCAAGGCAAUACUGAUGCCAACAUACCACCAUGUCUUUGAUCUGAGGAAUCCAGAACUUCCUUGGCAACGCAUGGAGACGAUACUGAGUGCUUAUAUCGAGAUGAUCGAGGCUGAGAAGGCUGUUGCAAUACACGACGAAGCAACAAUAGAGGAGCCCAAAACAGACAUCAAAGGCGGCGAUCUCGUCAAAAACAAAACCUUCGUACGAUAUCAAACAAGACCGUGGAUCCUCCAACCCUACACAUUAGAAGAUCUACACGCCUGCCUAGACACUUGGAACGCCCUCGUCACAGCCAUCGAGCGCAAAGCCGGCAUCUCCAGAACCCGCCCAGACCCCACCUCCAAAGACUACGACCCCGAAGACGAAGCCCCCCUCUGCUCCCGCACCGCCCUCAAAAUCGCCGGAAUUCCCCGCGGCUUUGCCUACGAAAUCCUCUCGCACGCUCGUUCAUCCGAAAUCUGGUUCAUCGCCCCAGGGAUCCGUCUUCCCAAAGUCGAAGAAUUCCUCCAACAACCCUUCAAACACAUCCCCUCCAAAUUCCCCACCGAAACUAAAGGCAUGAAAGUUCCAUUUCUCUUCCUCCGAUGUCCUGGCACCGUGAGCGCCAAAGAAGCGAAAUUCCGAUACCCCUUCUCAACCGUCGAAUCCGUACCUUGCGGAUUAUACCUUGAUGCAUUUCCCAAUGCUCAGAAUCCGUUCGAAGAUGCGUGUCGACUGGUUUUGCCGAUCAAGUUGGGAGAUCGGAGGCAUUAUGCGAGGACAUCAGAUGGGAGGCCGAUCUUGAAAAGUCAUAGUGAUUUGUAUCAGACGGGGAUUAAUCCUUUUGUCAUGAGGCAUGGGCCGAAGUUAUCUGCGGUACUGGAGAAUUGGAGGAGGCAUGUGGAGAGUGGGCAUUGGAAUGUUAAUGAGAAGGGCGUGGAGGGUGGGGUGGGAGUUUGGAGGCAGGCGGAUACGAGAGAGCAUUGGUGGAGGUAUCAGAGUGAGCAUUUGGUUGUGUAGGAGGGAAGCAUCCACUUUUCGUUUUCUGGUUGGGCUGCAUGGCGGUGACAUUGAUUUGGAGACGUUCGCGGGGAUGAAUAUCGGCAUUACAGAUAUCCUCAGGCCAUACUUCCUAGCAUGGGCUGCUGCGAUGUAAGAGGUGCUCAGACAUCUACGGGAUGCAUUGGCGCCAUUUCUAUCGUGAACAAACAUUCCCUUGGCCAACCCGAAUCCAGUUCUUCUAGCUCAGGUGUGCACUGCACAUGGACUAGCUUCUGUGAUUGGCUCUAGAAUGUGAGGAGAAACUUCUCCUUGUCCGACCAAGAGUUCUCGUGAUGGAGAUAUGCGUGGUCUUAGCCUCGAAGCCAG